ACUAUGCGAUAUGCAAUCUGACUUUUGACUCAUGUUAUUUUUAAAUAUUGGAUCUAUUAGAAAUAACCAAUCAAAGUCAUACUUUUUUUAAGAAAAUAUGCAUUUUCGUUUUAUCUCUACAUAGUAUAUGCAAAUUGAAUCAUAUGUUCCGAUAAUAUUACUAGAUACAAUUUAAAUAAGAAAUCAAAUGCUUCAACCAUUGCAUUUAUAGAUGAUGAUCAAUUUUUUAAAAAAAUGGAAUUAGAAAUUGAUAAAAAACGAAUAUUACAUUCUAAAGAAAAUCAUAUACCAAAUACUAAUUAUUAUAAUAUAAAUUUAGUAAAAAAAAAAAGAUCAAUAAUUGAUGAAGAAACUAAAAAUAUUAUUAAACGAUUUAAAAAGGAUACAAAUCAUACAAAUAUUAUACAAUCAUUACAUAACAAACAAUUUAAUCAUAUUAACAAUAUUAUGAAAGAAAAACCUAAUAUAUUACCAAAUUUUAAUAAUAAAAAUAUUAUGCAAUAUACAAAUUUAUUAUCUUCUAAUAUCUUAGAUAAAAAUUUCAGAAUUCCUGCUAAUAAAUACGUAUUUGAAAUGACUUCGAAAUUACAUACAAAUGUAUUACCAUUAUUUGAAGAUGAAACAGCUGUUCUUCACAAGCAAUAUAAAGAAUCAUUGUUUUAUGGAAUGUUCCUCACUCCACCAGAUAAUAAUUCAAUUAAAGAUAAUACAAAUUAGUAAAUUUAAUAUAAUAGUAUUAAAUUAUUAUUUUAAUAUUUAACAAUUAUUAUUAGAAAUAAAACUAACAAUUAUUAUUUUUUUUUAUUAAAUAAAUAAAUAAAUAAAGAUUCUAAUUUUAAAUAUGUUCUAAAUUUAAAAUAGAUAAUGUCAAAUUUUAUUAAAUUAUAUAUGUAAAUAUAAUUAAUAAUAAAAAUAUAUUUAUAUAUUUAUACAAUAUACUUCAAUUAUUAUAGUUUAUAAUUUAUUUUAAUAUUGCAAUAUUUACAUAUUGUAUAUAAUUAUUUAUAUAAAAUAUAUAUGAAAAUAUUUUAUUUUAUAUUGAUAAAAUUAACAAAUUUGUAAUAAAUUAUAAAUAAUAAUUGCCAAUGAUAUAAAAGAUUUUAAAUGCAUGCACGUUAUUGGUUUAUUUGUUUGAUAUGAAUCACUGCGUUCAAAUCCAAUUCAAAGUAACUUGAAAUUCGUAACUUAUACUUAGAAUUAAUAAUCUUAAAAAUUAGAUUAAGAUUUAUACAAUUUAACUGUACAUUAAAUUGGAAAAUUUAAUAAUAUUUCCCAUUACUUCAUUUUCUUUAACUUAACCUAAAUUAUUAUAUCUUUAACCAACGAUUAAUUAUUAUAAGAAUAAAACUAAAUAAAUAUUUAAAACGAUUGAUGAAACAUCUUUUUCUUAAGUGUAUUUAAAUAUGCUAAUAAUUUUAAUAAUUAAAUUUAAAUUUUAAUGAUAUAAACAAAAUAAUUAUUUUUUAAAUAAAUAUAAUGUAAUUAUUAAUUUAAAACAAUGAGUGAAUUUAAAUUACAUCAUUUAGUGGUUGAAUUAAUUGGAUUACUUGGAUCAUCUUCUGCACCGGAAAAACAUGUAGAAAAAUUACAAAAAGAAGGAAUUCCAACAAGUGCAAGUGCUUUAACUAUAGUUGCAUCACAAAGUUCUGUUCGUAACUUGGCAAAAAAUUCUCCUGUUCCUGAAUUAUUUCUACAAAAAUAUGAAGAAUUAAAAGCAAAAAAAGUAGAUUUAUUAGGUUUAUUCAUUCAAGUAUUAGAAUUGAUAUCUGAAGAUAAAGAAUUAAAGAGUUAUUUGACUAAAGAAGCAUCAGCUUUAACAUCAAUUUCUACAAAAAAUGCUGCUAUUACUACAGAGGAUUUACCACAGAUAUGUAAGAAUGUAAUUAAAGCUGCAGUUGAAGGAGAAAAGAAAUUAAAUAAACAAGUAUGUGCAAUUUCAAAAAAGAUAGAACCAUCUGUAAUAAAACAUAAUUGGGUUCAUGAAAGACCUAGAAUAACAUGGGACUUUUAUAAUGAACUAAAUGUGAUGCCAUGUCAAAAAGUCGUACCAAUAGUUUCUCAAGAAUCUAUUCUACUUUGGGAUAUUUUAUAUUGCUUGAAAGGUAUAGAUGGAAUUUAUAUUGUUUCUGAACCUUUAACAAGUCCAUAUGCAAUGAAAACAUUCAAUAUAUCUCCAGAUGUUUGUAUAUCUUAUAAACAAUUGACACAACAGAUAUUACCUCUUGCAUCUCACUAUUCUAUGACAGCUAGAUUUGUGGAAGAAAAAGUUUUACCAGAAGAUGGUCAAGUAAAUCAUGCUCUGAGAGAAGCCAUAAAAACUUUGUUAAAAGAUUAUUUAUUAUUUGUUGUACAAUUGGAAAUGGAACAUGUACGGGGUAAAUUAAAUUUGCAAAAAUUAUGGUUCUAUAUUCAACCAACUAUGAUAGCAAUGACUAUUCUUUUUCAAAUUACAUCAACUAUAUGUAAGGCUAAUGCAAAAGGUGGAAAAGUACUUAGUCUUUUGCACGAACAAGCAAAUAAUAUUAGUGGAGAAGCAAAAUUUAGAGAAUUAUGUUUGUUUCUUAUACAAGCAGCAAGUGUUCCAUAUAUGCAAAUGUUAGAAAAAUGGGUAUAUAAAGGAGUGAUAUGUGAUCCAUAUGAAGAAUUUUUUGUGGAAGAUAAUGAAUUAAUUCAUAGAGAGGAAUUACCUAUAGAUUAUUCUGCAGAUUAUUGGGAAAAAAGAUAUACCAUGAGAUCAGAGAGAACUCCUACAUUUCUUAAUGAACAAGCACAAACAAUUUUAAGAACUGGAAAAUAUUUCAAUGUUAUUAGACAAUGUGGUAAGACAGUUCAAUGGGGAAAACAAGAACCUCUGAUUUAUCAACAACAAGGACAAAAAUAUAUAACUGCUAUUGAUAGAGCAUAUUCUGAAGCAGCAAAGACUUUAUUAGAAGUCCUUAUCCAUGAAAAUGAUUUAAUGGGUCGACUUCGUAGUCUGAAAAAUUAUUUUCUUCUUGCACAAGGAGAUUUUGUAGUUCAAUUUAUGAAUCUUUGCGAAACUGAAUUAAAUAAAAAUAUGUAUGAUAUUGUUAUUCAUCGGCUAGCAUCUCUUCUUGAAGUUGCGUUACGUAUGUCUACUGCAGAUUCAGAUCCAUAUAAAGAUGAUCUAAAACCAGAACUUUUACCAUAUGAUUUACAAUUUCAAAUGUUUAGGAUACUUUCUAUUCAAACUAGAGAAGAGAAAGAAUAUAGUUUCCAGACUGAUAAAAUCUUAACUGGUUUGGAUGCAUUUGUAUUUAAUUAUGAUGUUAAAUGGCCUGUUUCUUUAAUAUUGAAUAGAAAAGCAAUAGCUUGUUAUCAAAUGCUAUUCAGACAUUUAUUUUAUUGCAAAUAUAUCGAAAGACGUUUAUGCAGAGUAUGGGUGAGCAAUAAAAUUGCUAAAACUUUUACUCAUAAUGUAGCAAUGUCGUAUAGGCAAGCAUUUUCAUUAAGACAACGAAUGCUUGAUUGUAUUCAACAUUUAGCAUAUUAUAUGAUGGUUGAAGUUAUAGAACCAAAUUGGCUUACAUUUAUAAAUAAAAUGAACAAGGUCAGUAAUGUGGAUGAUGUUCUAAGUGUGCAUCAAGAUUUACAAGAUAGUUAUUUGAAGGAAUGCAUGUUAACAGAUCCUGAUCUUCUUGGCUGCAUAACAGGCAUUUGUGCUGCUUGCCUUGAGUUCUGUAACUUUAUGGAGCGUAUGAGCCCAUACUACAUUGACGCCGAAUUAACGUCCAUGAUUGGUGCCUAUCAGGAAGAUGUCUAUGAUUCUGAGGAUGAAGAUGGCGAUACAUCUAAAGAGAAUGCAGCCAGUUUUGAAGAAACAAUUAUAUCGCUGGAUGAAAAAUUUACUCAAGUAUUAAUUCGUCUUUUAGAUAGAAUAUGUAAUCUAGGAUAUGAUAAUAAUAAUGAAAAACUUCUUAACGUUUUUUGUAGGUUAGAUUUCAAUUUAUUUUAUACCGAUAUUUUAAUAAAACGUGGGAGAGAAAAAACAAUACAAGAAGAUAUUUCUGGUUAACUAUUACUCAUUAGAAGAAUACAUAUAACCAUAAAUUGUAAUUUUAGCUUAUGAUUAAUUAUUGUAAAUUAAAAUUAUAAUAUUAUAAUUAUGCAAUAUGAUGUCGGUUAAAAAAAUUUAUGAUCAAAUAACAUAUGUUAGAUCUAUUUAUAUUUAUAUUCUAUGUUAUAUUUAUAUAAUAAUAUUCUAAUUUAUAAAAUCAAUUUCAUAUUCAAUAAUUACUAAUUAAUAUAAAAAAUUUAUAAACAAAUUUUAUGUAAUCAUAUGUUAAACAUUUUAUUUAAAUUAUCUAAAUUCACCUGAAAUUUCUUUAAAAUCAUAAAUUUCUAAAAUAAUGAUAUUUUGUAUAUUAAAAAAUAAAAUGUAUUUUAUAAAUAUAAAAAAUAUAAAAUAAUUCACAAUAUUCACGUUAAGAUAUUUAUAUAAUUUUAAUUCUAUAUAGAAACAUAUUUUAUAUAUAAUAUAAAAUUAUUAUGUUAUAAUAAUAAUAUAAAAAUUUUAUACAAUAAAUUUAUUAUUUAAUGAAUAUUAUAUAUUAAUAACAAUAAACAAUUAAAUUUCAUUUAUAAAUUUA